UCUCGAUUUUCUUGCUCCAAUUAAUACAAUGGAGGAAUGUCCGAAAUUCCUACUUUCUAAAUCGAGCUUUCUUCUUUUCUCGGUUUUAGUUACUUUCAUAAACUCAGCUCUCGUUGCACAAGGAGCUGAUAUCGAAAACCCACUAUGUAACACCGAUCUCACCUCGUUCCUCCCUUUUCCAUACGGCACUUUACCCAAUAUGAUCUGCAAACCACUUUGGAACUCAUAUCUACUAAGGUAUUCACGGUCCAAGAACAACGAAAUCACCAUUGUAUUAUCAACCAUAUACACAACCGGAUGGGUUGGAAUCGGGUUUUCCAAAACCGGGAAAAUGAUAAACUCGAGCUGCAUUGUCGGGUGGAUGAAUCUUGAAGGCCAAGGUAGAAUAAAGCAAUAUCAUAUAAAGGGCUUCACCCCUUCGGAAAUCAAACCGGAUCAAGGUGAAUUACCUUUGACCAACUCCCCACCUUUUGUUGCCUUAAACGGAGCUACUAUAUACUUGGCAUUCCAAUUACAAUUCAAUAAAACCCUAAAAAAUCAGCCAAUUCUAUUGGCUUUCAGCACCAAAACCCCCCACCACCACCGCCUCACUGUACACGACGACAAGACAACCUUAAACUUCGAUUUCUCAUCAGGUAAAACAGAUCAUUCAAGAACCGAUUUUUCAGCUAGCAUAUUCAAAGAUAGGAGAACACACGGGACAUUGGCUUUAUUAGGAUGGGGUCUUUUUCUUCCUAUUGGAGCAAUUUUAGCAAGAUAUCUCAAACAUAAAGACAGCCUCUGGUAUUACCUCCACGUGGCAUUUCAGUUCAUAGGAUUUCUACUCGGAAUCGGUGCAGUUGUUGUCGGAAUAUCCCUUAACAACAAAAUGCAUGCUUCCAUUCCAGCGCACAAAGGAAUCGGAAUCUUUGUUCUCGUGAUCACUGUCCUCCAGGUUUAAAUUUUC